AGAGCCGCAGCACUGGGAUUAAGACGUAGCCGAAGUUUUCAAGCUGAUCCUCAGUUCAUUUAAACAAUGUCGGAAGAAAGUACAACAAACAAGGCUUUAUGGAAGUUAAAACGUUAUGGGCGUUUUCUGCCAAAAGCUAAAAAUGUCGGAGGAAGCUCUUCAUGGAAGGUGUUCGAGUCCAGUGAAAGCAAAGGCACGUUGGAGCUGACGAUCCUGGAAUCUGGUCAUCUGCUUGUCUCACAGGCUCAGGAACUAUUGGAAGGCUUCUCUCUUCUCAACGCUCAGAGCUUUCUGAAGAUCCAGCAGAAAUCAGACAGCCUGCUUUUCUAUUUUACACUAAAGGAAGAGAGUCGUAUGAUACGGGUACAGUUUGAGGGCAGCAGCCGGUCUGAAGCUGUAGAUUUAUGCAGGAAGGCAGUUGAGAGAUUGAAUGAAUAUCUGCCUGUAGGCACCCAGGAGCAGCCCGGGCCUUCAUCUGCAACUCACACCGCUGGAAUCUCUAUCCAGCAACAGCAGACUCCUGUAGCGGCACCGCAGGAGAUCCGUGACGUUACCCAGGAAUCUCUGUCCAUCAAGCAGCUUUCUCAGUACUUCCUGGGUGAGAGUGGACUGUCCAUGCCAUUGGCAUAUCAUCAUUUCACUCUGCCUCCAGGUGACACGGAGGCUCUGUUGCGCCUGUGUUUGCUCGACUCUGGCUUCCCUAGUUUCGUAGAAGAGGUGGAGAACAAGCUAAAAGCCUUGAUCCAAGAAUGAGUUACAGCUCAUAUAAAGUGAUAUGCUGUUGCUGAUUCGUUGGCCAGGUGAGGCAGGAUACGCUUUAUUAGAAAUAGCCAGGAACUUCUGCUCUCCUUGGAUACCUUCAUACGGUCAAGAUGUGCAGUCAGUAUUCUGUAGAAAAGCAAGCAAAUGUUUAACACAAGCACACCGUGUAGUGCGUUAUUGCCCUUGUUAUAUCUAUUUAUUAUAGUUCCUUAGCAACAUGUGACAGUUUUUCAACAGUUAUAAGAUUAAUUAGAAGAUUUUGUAUUCAUUCUGAAUGUGUCCUUUGGGUUUUGGUAACACUUGCUGUGAAAACGUGUUCCUAAAACGCUUUAAUGCAUUUCUAUUUAUUAAUGCAUAUCCAUUGCACUUUAUAGCGAUGUUUCUGUUAUUUAUCGUGUAACGAAGACUACAAGACAGAACGUGCGGUCAUACAGAAAGAGUCCAUAAUGGAGUGGUGUGAUGCGACACCACACAGUCUGGAGUGUGUUCUUUCACAAUAGUUUAUUUAUUCUUGUACAACACGUCACACAUUUUACCGUUUUAAAGGUAGAUUUAAUAUCGCAAGUUUGUUAUAGCAGUAAUAAAGAGUCUUUCAGUUAUCCAGCCUCUUCUUCUUCUGUCUCUGUGAAAACUUUACAAAACACAAAAAAGUUACUUAACACAAAGCUCACAAUCGAGACUGAUUAUUAGUCUUAAGUUUUCCUGGAGCUUCGCUGUACAAGUCCCUGUUUAAGAGCUGUUAGUAUAGGAACAAUAACGUAUGGGACAAGUGCAUUGAUAUUAACAUGCAGUCUAUGAUUCAGCUGCCACACAAAAAUAGCGCACACCUUCUGACCAAUCGGAUUCAAGGAUUCGGCUGCACUGUGGCAUACGGCUCGUUACACCACAGUAGGUGUUGAUUAGUUUUCCAUUACAGCACAGAAUUGACCAUUCUGUACCGUAGCAACAGCCCACACACACGGACGUCUGAGGCAGUACAUUACAUCAUAUAAGAAUAAGCUUAUUAACGUCUCUUUUAUUUUCUGUUUAAAUAAAGAGGGACUGGCGCGUUAACGACUGCUACGGCGUAAGGGAUUACGAGAACCCACUUCAGAGAUGUUCACUCCGUAAAAUAAGCCGCUAAAAAGAGAGACGGUAAAUAAAUAGCACGGAAUUGCAACAGUUGCCACAUGUAUAACACAUUUAGCUUGGUGGUGAAAUUGGCAGUGCGCUUAUACUAUUAAUGUGUUUUAUUACAUUACUGUAUAGACAUUACUAUAGAGUGUAAUGCAUUCAUAGACAUAUAUAUAUAAAGAAUACUUUACAUUCUGAAUGUAUUAUAGAUGAAUAUAGUUAUGACCUUGAUUGUAAACGUUGCCCUGUUUAAUUAGCCCAUCACAAAUAAAUACAUUUUUCAUUUU